AUGUCCGCCGCGGCACAGCUGAAGGUGCUCGUCUCCGGAGCCGGCAUCGCGGGCCCGUGUUUCGCAUACUGGCUCGCCCGGACACGGCUGCGCACAUCCAUCACGGUCGUCGAACGCUCACCCACGCCCAGAGUCACGGGCCAGGCGAUCGACAUCCACGGCCCGGCCAUCGAAAUCGUCAGGCGCAUGCAGCUGCUCGAGGCCAUCCGCGCGCGCUACACCACCGAGCAAGGGACCGUGUUUUUGAACUCCGCGGGAAAACCCGUCGUGCAGUUCGACGCCGGCGAGACGUUCACGGCCGAGUACGAGAUCUUGAGAGCGGACUUGUCGGAACUGUUUCUCGACGCGACGAAACCGUUCGACAAUAUCCGGUACAAGUACGGCGACAGUAUCGCGUCGGUGGACCAAACCAGCGACGAGAGUUGCGUCAGGGUGAAAUUUGCCAGCGGGGAGGAAGAUAUCUUUGAUGUAAUCGUCGCGGCGGACGGGGCCGCGUCGAGGACGCGGCCGAUGAUUAUGAAUGCGCAAUCAGUCAAGCAUAAGCGUCAACAACUACAUUAUGGCAGUGACGCAAAGGUAAACCAGUCUGUGACCAAGGACAAGCAAGACGAUACCAACACGGAAUUUGAAAAGUCCAAGGGCGCCUCGUUCAACUUCCUGGGCAUGUAUACUGCGUUUUUCAGCAUCUCCAGCCUCCCCAACGAUUCGCGAAUGUGGCAGAUCUACAGCCUGCCCAAGGGGUUGUCCAUGAUGAUCCGCCCGCACCGGAACCCGGCCACCAUGGGCGCGUACUUGUCCAUCACGAUGCCGCAGCGCGGGGUCCGCUCGCCCGAAAUCGACGCCGCCAUGGACGAGGGCGUGGCGGAGACCAAGAAGAUGCUGCACAGGUACUUUGACGGUUGCGGGUGGGAGGCCGAGCGUGUGAUGGAGGGCAUGGACCGCGCGGACGACUUCUACGCGUCCGGCGCCGUGCAGGUCAAGCUGCCGAAAUGGACGAACGGGCGGGGCGUGUUGCUUGGCGACACGGCCUGGGCGACUUUUGGGGCUGGGACCACGCUGGCCAUUGGGGGCGCUUACAUCCUCGCUGGCGAACUGGCGAAGAUUCAGAGCAGUGCAGAUAUACCUCGGGCGCUGGAGAGAUACGAAGAGGUCUUUCGUCCCAUCUACGCAAAGAUGGAUGACUUGAUUCCCGGGUUUCCUCAGAUCAUGUUCCCGCAGACUAAUUGGGGUAUCUGGACCCGGGACUCGGUAUUGUGGUUCUGCAGCAAGACGAAGAUGUACAAGCUGCUUGCCAUGGGGCCGGGGGUACAUUGGGACCUGCCUUCUUACGACUGGGUGGAUACUGAGGAGUCAGGAAUGGUGAAGGUGAAGUCAUUGGGAUAA